CGGAGGAUCCACGUUAUAUUCACUUCAGCGCCUUAAUGAUAAAUAUGGCAAGACUCUGUCAGGAUUUAAAGUUAUUCUCAUACAUGCAGUUCCAAGGUCACAGUCAGGCAAAAAAAGCAAACAUGGAUGACUUUCGUCUGCCUGUUGUCUGAAUAGAGAAACCAGACGCUUCUUUACUCUAUAGUGGGUACAGAUAGAGUUGUGUUACAGCUGCAUGACGCUUUCCCUCAAACUAACCGAAUACAAAACUUCAGGUCAACCCGUUCGAUGGGGAAUUAUAAAUCAAGACCCACUCAGACAUGUACAGAUGAAUGGAAAAAGAAGGUAAGUGAGUCAUACGCUGUUAUAAUUGAGCGACUGGAGGAGGAUUUGAGGCUGAAAGAGGAGGAGUUUAAAGAUCUCAAGUACGCUUUCAGCUCAGAGGAGGCGUUUAGUAAAGUGAAUCUGAAUUACCGCACAGAAGGUGGUCUGUCCCUACUGCAUCUCUGCUGUAUGUGUGGAGGGAAUAAAGCUCACAUUAGGACCCUUAUGUUGAAAGGCCUGCGUCCAUCCAGGCUCACCAGAAAUGGAUUCACCGCAUUGCAUCUGGCUGCAUACAAGGAUAAUGCUGAAGUGGUCACUGCGCUUUUGCAUGGUGGUGCAGAUAUCCAGCAGGUGGGGUAUGGAGCCCUCACUGCCUUGCAUAUAGCAACUGUGGCUGCUCAUCUUGAGGCUGUUGACAUUCUCUUGCAACACGGGGCCUACGUCAACGUCCAAGACGCAGUGUUCUUUACCCCCCUACAUAUUGCAGCUUACUUCGGUCAUGAGCAGGUGUGCAAGCUGCUGAUGAAGUUUGGGGCUGAUGGGAAUGUGUGUGGAGAGGUGGGCGAUCGGCCGCUUCACUUGGCUGCAGCUAAGGGCUUUUUAGCAAUUGUGAAACUGCUGAUGGACGACGGGAGCAAAACUGAUGUCAAUGCUCAAGACAAUGAGGACCACGUUCCCCUUCAUUUCUGCGCUCGAUUUGGACACGAAGAGGUCGUCCGUUUCCUGCUGCAGGGCAAUUUUGGUGUACAGCCGCACUGUGUCAACAUCUACGGUGAUACACCCCUCCACCUAGCCUGCUACAAUGGAAAGUUUGAAGUGGUUAAAGAGAUUAUUCAGUUGUCCGGCACAGACAGUCUGUCUAAGGAGAACAUCUUCAGUGAGACAGCUUUUCAUAGUGCCUGCACCUAUGGUAGGAACCUAGAAAUGGUCAAGUAUCUCCUCAGUCAGAAUGCCUUAAGCAUCAACCAUCAGGGUCGAGAUGGACACACAGGUCUACAUAGUGCGUGUUUCCACGGACACAUCCGACUGGUCCAGUUUCUUCUGGACAAUGGAGCAGAUAUGAACCUAGUGGCUUGUGAUCCAAGCCGUUCCAGUGGGGAAAAGGAUGAACAGACGUGCUUAAUGUGGGCCUAUGAGAAAGGACAUGAUGCCAUUGUUACUCUGCUCAAACACUACAAGAGACCACAGGACGACUCACCCUGUAAUGAAUAUUCCCAGCCAGGAGGGGAUGGAUCUUACGUUUCCGUUCCCUCUCCUCUGGGAAAAAUUAAAAGCAUGGCCAAAGAGAAGGCAGAUGUGAUUUUGCUGCGGGCAAGCCUGCCAUCAAAUUUCCACCUCCAACUCUCUGAGCUAGAGUUUAAUGAGAUUAUUGGUUCAGGCUCCUUUGGAAAAGUGUACAAAGGAAGAUGUCGCAAUAAAAUAGUUGCAAUUAAACGGUAUCGUCCAAACACGUACUGCUCAAAGUCGGACACAGAUAUGUUCUGUCGCGAGGUCUCCAUCCUGUGUCGUCUCAACCAUCCCUGUGUGAUCCAGUUUGUAGGGGCGUGUCUGGACGACCCAAGCCAGUUUGCCAUAGUAACGCAAUACGUGUCCGGAGGAUCCCUGUUCUCACUGCUCCAUGAGCAGAAGAGGAUCAUCGAUCUGCAGUCCAAGCUCAUCAUUGCCAUCGAUGUGGCCAAGGGAAUGGAGUAUCUACACAAUCUGACCCAACCAAUCAUCCACAGAGACCUCAACAGUCAUAAUAUUCUGCUCUAUGAGGAUGGACAUGCUGUGGUUGCUGAUUUUGGAGAGUCCCGUUUCCUGUUAUCUAUGGAUGAGGACAACAUGACCAAACAACCCGGGAAUCUACGCUGGAUGGCUCCAGAAGUGUUUACACAGUGUACCCGGUACACGGUGAAAGCAGACAUGUUCAGCUAUGCCCUGUGCCUAUGGGAACUGCUCACUGGAGAGAUUCCCUUCGCACAUCUCAAACCAGCUGCGGCUGCCGCAGAUAUGGCCUAUCAUCACGUACGGCCUCCGAUUGGAUACUCAAUCCCUAAACCCAUCUCAGCGCUGCUCAUGAGGAGCUGGAAUGUGUGUCCAGAGGAAAGACCUGAGUUUUCUGAAGUGGUGGCCAAACUGGAGGAAUGCUUGUGUAAUGUGGAACUGAUGUCUCCGGCCUCAAGCAAUAGCAGUGGCUCUCUAUCUCCCUCUUCUUCUACGGACUGCCUGGCCGCACGUGGAAGUCCCGGUCGGAGUCACGUUGCCGCUCUCCGCUCACGUUUUGAGUUGGAAUACGCGCUGAAUGCUCGGGCCUAUGCAUUUUGGAGCCAGAACUCUGGUCGAAGAUCCUCACAGGGUUUGUCACGGGAUGACCUAAGGAGGAACAUGCAAUUCCCACCUAUGGACAGAAACGGAUAUGUGUCAGAUCCCAUGAGCACCAUGCGUUUCCAUUCAUGCAGCAGCAAUGGAAGUUUUGAGGAGAGCAACUAGAUGCAGCAACUCUCAGAAACACAACAAAUACACACAAUAUAACUAAAUAGAAAUACUGAACACAUGCUGUAUAAUCAGACUUUUUUGGGUUUUUUUUAAGGCUCUACUGUAUGUGUGUGAUCUUUUUUUAUAUAUUUAUAUUAUCAUACAAUAGUGUUAAAUAAUAAAAGUGUUAUAUUCAGUUCACACCUCUCUCA